AUGCCUAAUAAAAAGAACAAAGUAACUAAUCGUGAGGCAAGCAGUUUGAGUCAGUGUGCCUCUCUCUGUUUGAAUCAAAUACCUAUUUGCUUGACGAUUGGAUACCAUAGAGCAAGACAAUCUUGUGAUUUAUACAAAGAUCUGUUAUCAGCAUCAAAUUUUUACAACUCUUUACCAUAUUUGGACAUGAAAUACUACGCUACAGCCAACCCCUGUCCUGGCGGGUUUUCAUAUUUAGCCAAGCAUAAAAGCUGUCUGGAGAUAGUUAAUUAUGGUUUGUUAAAAAUUGACAGUUAUACUACGGCUAAAUCAAAAUGUUUCGAGCGUGGUGCUCAUCUAUUUUAUUUUGACGAUGAAGAAUUGAAGCUGGAUUUCUUUAAUUUUAUGCUCAAUAAAGAUAGAAGUUUUGAUCAGUUUUUUGUUGGUGGAGAUUCAAAACAUGAUCCCCGUUCUGGUCGCUAUAAAUGGUUAGACGGCCGUGAUGUGGGAAACAUAACUUGGGGAAGCGAUGAACCACAAAUUCUAAAAGAUUGCCUAACUAUUAAGAGGGAUGAAAAUGCGUAUUAUCUAACGUCGGUGUACUGCUACGAGAAACAUCAUUAUAUUUGUGAAAUGAAGAUGGGUUUUACAACAGAACCAACAGAAAUCUUGUAG